AUGGGAAUCAUAGCUCUAAGUCUAUUGCUUUACAGGCUAAACAAGUCGUAUAGGCGAGUCAGUGACGUUCUGGUGGGAACUGUGUUUGAGCCGUCCAAGGAUAUUGUUUUGAUCACUGGCGGAGUGACUGGAUUAGGCAGAGAAUUGGCAAUAGCAUUCAGAGAAAAGGGAGCUACGGUUGUUGUGUGGGAUAUACGCUAUCCCGAGGAAGACCUGAAACUAGACAAUGUUUUCUAUUAUCAAUGUGACGUCAGUGAUCGAAGAGAAGUGCUCAAGCUUAGUAAGGCCGUUAGGGAACAGGUUGGAGUUGUCACAAUUCUAAUCAACAAUGCCGGAUACACCAAAGGAAAAAGUCUGCUGGAACUCUCGCAUGAUGAAAUCGAACGCACUAUAAAAGUGAACUUGCUCUCAAGUUUUUACACUAUAAAAGCGUUCCUUCCAGAAAUGUUGAAGGCAAAAAGAGGUUACAUUAUCACCAUUGGCUCAGUAUUAGGAUAUAUAUCUCCUGCAAGACUAAGUGCUUACGGAGCUUCCAAGUCUGGCUUAGUGGCACUGCAUGAAUCACUAACAUAUGAGCUGGGCCCACCAUCUUUGAAUCAAAGCGGAGUGAAAACCCUGUUGAUAUGUCCAGGCCAGAUGCAGACGAGAAUGUUCAACGGGGUGAUCACCCCAUCUUCUUUAGUAGCGCCUCUCUUAGAUCCCACGUACGUUGCAAACUACAUCGUGGGAGCUGUUGAGCUGGGUCGCAGAGGUGAAAUUAAAAUUCCGUUCUACGGUAACUUCUUGCCCAUCAUCAGAGCUGCCCCUUGGCCCAUUGUUGAACUUGCCAGAGGUAUGUCCGGCAUUGAUGCUUCAAUGAGGAAGUUUGUUGGUGCUAUCAGUGCUUCAAAUUCACAACAGGCCUCUCUUUUGGGACACGACACCAAUUCUUUAGAAUCAGUAGUAAACUAG